CAUCUGAUCCAAGACAUUCUCCCUCUUUGCAUUUAUUCACCCAAAUCUUCAUUAGAUGGGCCAUCUCAAGACCUUCAUCUUAUUCUACUUCUCCUUCAUGCUUCUAGUACAUAAGCAAGUACCACCAUUCAUUGUUACUGCCAGUGUCCUCAAUUCAACCACAGCCAAGCAUCAUCACAAGUGGGUCGGGCCCGUCGGCUGCCGUGUGAUCACAGUCGACGUCCACGGCUUCGGGGACUUCCUAUCCGUCCAAGCAGCCAUUGAAUCGGUCGCAGAGAACAACCGAGAGAAUGUCAUUAUUCAGAUCAACCCCGGAUAUUACAUAGAGAAGGUUGUGAUUCCUGCUACGAAGCCAUAUAUUACGUUCCAGGGGGCCGGGAGGGAUGUGACGGUGAUCGAGUGGCAUGAUCGGGCCGGUGAUCGUGGAUCGGACGGACAACAGCUACGCACUUAUCACACUGCUUCUGUUACUGUUUUUGCUAAUUAUUUCACUGCUAGAAAUAUUAGUUUCAAGAACACAGCCCCGGCACCAAUGCCCGGCAUGGAAGGAUGGCAAGCAGCUGCAUUCCGCAUCUCUGGCGACAAGGCAUACUUCUCCGGGUGCGGCUUCUACGGUGCUCAGGACACUCUCUGUGACGACGCUGGACGCCAUUACUUCAAGGAGUGCUACAUUGAAGGUUCCAUAGACUUCAUAUUCGGCAACGGAAGGUCCAUGUACAAAGAUUGCGAGCUACACUCUAUCGCGACGAGGUUCGGUUCCAUCGCGGCGCAGGAUAGGAAGUCGCCUGACGAGAAGACGGGAUUCGCUUUCGUGCGCUGUAGGGUGACAGGAACAGGCCCGCUCUACGUGGGGCGAGCGAUGGGCCAGUAUUCAAGGAUCGUCUUCUCUUACACGUACUUUGAUGACGUGGUGGCCCACGGUGGAUGGGAUGACUGGGACCACACCAGCAACAAGAAUAAGACGGUGUUUUUCGGGGUAUACAAGUGCUGGGGCCCGGGAGCUUCAGCGGUGCGAGGCGUGUCAUGGGCCAGAGAGCUCGACUACGCGACCGCACAUCCAUUCCUGGCCAAGAGUUUCGUCAAUGGACGGCAUUGGAUUGCACCAUCAGAUGCUUGAUCAAUCACUUCCUUUCUUCUUCUUCUUCUUCUUCUUCUUCUUCUUCUUCUUCUUAUUAUUAUUAUUUUUAAAAAGAGCCAAGUCAACCAGGCCUUAGCCCGAGUCGGGCAAGUCAACAACACUAACAAGACCGUUCCCAGCAGACCUGAGAAAGUCGUCCACACCACCUCAAUGCCCCGGUUCGGCACAAGCCCUCGUUACUGAGCUCGGCGAUCAAUCGCUUCCCUUGCACACUCACAAAUUCAUUGAUUUUUAUGUAUGUACGAAUUUUGGAAAUUUCCAUUCGUAACUUUUCUUGUCUCAAUGGCCAUUUAUAUUUCAUUUA